UCUAAGGAGCAGAGUGAGGAGGUACUGCUGCUUUCAUGCCUAGAACAGCAUCAUCAUCUUGGCUCUAUACUGAAGAAGAAAGUGGAUGACACACACAAACACUGCAGAGACCUGGAGCAGCUCAACAUAGAACUGGAGAAACUGAGGGGAGAGGAUGCUGUGAAAAUUAAAACCCAGACACAGUGUAUUCAGCAUUUGGAGGGGUGCUUCAUGGAUCUGGUCAAAAACCAUGAAAAGAUGGUCCAGUUCAAAAAUGAACACAAAUACCAGCACAUGCAGCUGUGGGAGGAGAGCAAGUGCCUGUGGCAGGACAGGGAAGCACUUUUCAGCAAGGGUGAGGAGAAGGAAGCUGAAGUGCUCCGGUUGGCAGCCCAGGCCAGGAAGCUCUCAGAGCAGUUAUGUUCCUUGCAGGAGAAAUAUGCUUAGGAGAGUCACAGAGCCCAGGAGUGAGAGAAGGAGCUGCUGGCAGCUCAGAGCCAACAAGCAGAUGCCUAUGCCCAGGAGGUGGCUUCACUGAAGAAGAAGCAGCUGCAACUCCUGAGGCACCAACAAGCUGCUGUAAGGGCCAGGCCAGCAGAGAGUCAGCAGAGGGCUCAGGGCAGUGAGCUGCAGGCCAAGCUGGAAAGGGUACAUGAAGAGAAAGAGCAGCUAUUGAACCUGGCCAUGGAGAGGAGCAAAGCUCUGCAACAUAAAGAGUGGGAGAUUCAGAAGCUGGAGGAGAAGCUAGAGACCAUGGAGGAAGCCAUGAAGAGAGCAGGAAGGUUCCUCAAGAAAGAGGCAGCAGCAGUAGACAAAGAUCUGAAGGUUCAAGAGCUCCAAGGACAGAUAGAAUGCACCAAGCAGGCGUACAAUGAACUCCUGCUGCACUUCAAUGCUUACAGAAGGCACAGUAUGGAUUUGCUGACUAAAGAGUUCUGAAUGUUGAACUCCAACACUUUGAUGCAUAACUGCAGUUUUUGAUCUG